AUGGAAACGAUUGGUGACGCCUAUUGUGUCGCUUCUGGCGUCCCAAAUCCCAGCAAAACUGAACAUGUCUGCAAUAUUGCCACGAUUGCGUUGCUCCAGAGGGAGGUCACUAUCGCUGCAAAAAUGGAGAAUUCCGGUGUACCCGAUCGCAUUCAGAUGACUUUGAAGAGUCAUCAGAUGCUUACAGCACGAGGUAUCGGUACUCUUUUAACGUACUGGUUAGAUGGUGUGGAAGAUCUUCUGAAAAGUGAUGGCCACGGAGAAGGCAACGAUGUGACGGCAGCUGUCAGUGCUAGCGAUGAAGACGUCGAUCCGUACUCGUUCCCUCGUGAAUCGAGUCAAAUCAGUUCAGCGAACUCGGUCGUGCCAUUGAUACCAUAA